AUGGCUACCAAUCCUACCGACGCUGCCGUGACGCGGCCCGACACAGAGACGGCCACGGUCAAGGAUCUUGAUCACGCUGAGAAGCCCAAGGAUCUUGAGGCAGUCAUGUCUUCCGAAGUUGGUCACACAGAGGGAACAGAGUAUACCGAGGAGCAAUACAAGAAGGUUACGCGCAAGAUCGACCGCUAUCUUAUGCCAAUGAUGUUCUUCAUCUACGGCAUUCAGCAAACGGACAAGACGUUCAUCAGUAUUCAGGCACUCUUCGGCAUGGAAACAGAUCUAGGCCUGCACGGUCAACAGUACCAAUGGCUCACAACCAUCUUCUAUCUCACGUUCCUCUUUGGCGAAUUCCCAUCAACCUGGUUGAUGCAGAAGUUCCAGAUCGGCCGUGUCCUCUCCAUCUACGUUAUUUGCUGGUCGAUCUGCAUCCUCUGCAUCAGCGCGGUCCAGAACUGGUCCCAGUUUAUGGCCCUGCGAGCCCUGCAGGGUCUCUUCGAGAGUAACGUCUCCCCCGGUUUCCUCCUCCUCACGGGCGAGUGGUACCGGACCGAGGAGCACGCCCACCGAUCGCUCUGGUGGCAGGCCUCGGAGGGUCUCUUCUCGGUGGUCUGCAACCUGAUGCUCUACGGCCUCGCGCGCCACGUCACUGCGAACAACCCCCACAUUGCGGCCUGGCGGACCAUCUCCCUCUUCCUCGGCUCGCUGACCUUUGUCGGUGGUAUCGCCUGCUUCUGGAUCCUGGGGUCUCCGCACCAGGUUCCGUGGUUGAAUGAGGAGGAGAAGAAGAUUGCUGCCACUCGUGUUCUUGACAACCAGAUCGGUGAGGAGUCAACCAGCCGGAAGUGGCGGUGGGAUCAGGUCAGGGAGAGCUUCACCGACCCGCAGGUGUACUUUAUUGUCUUGAACACCUUCCUGUCCUGCAUUCCAAACGGUGGUAUCACGACCUUCAGCUCCCUGAUGUACCAGACCUUUGGCUUCAACAACUGGGAUUCUAUGCUCUACGGCACUCCGAGGAACGGCAUCUACGUCGUCUGCUUCGUAGCGUGCGCCUACUACCUCCGCUACUUCCAGGACCAGCGCCUCUACAUCAUGAUCGUGUCCUGCAUCCUCCCCAUGGUCGGCAUGCUCGUCAUGUCCCUGCUGCCCAACACCGAGGAGUACAAAUGGGUCAAGUGGGGCAUGUACAUCAUCACCGUCGUCUUCUCGCUGGCCGUCUUCCUGGGCUGGAGCCUGAUCACGUCCAACAUCGCCGGCGGCACCAAGCGCACCGUCGUCUCCUCCCUGACGCUCAUCGCCUACUGCGUCGGCAACAUGGUCGGCUCGCAGGUCUUCCGCACGUCGGACGCGCCGCGGUACGUGCGCGGCACCGUCGCGUGCACCAUCUGCUUCGGCCUCGAGGUGCUCUGCAUCAUCGCCUGGCGGCUGUGGUACAUGCGCGAGAACCGGCGGCGCGAGCGGCUCGCCGCCGAGUCGGGCCUGUCCAAGGAGGAGCAGAUGCGCAUCGGCCUGCAGCUCGGCGAGCAGGACACGACCGACCUGGCCAACCCGCACUUCCGCUAUGCCAUGUAG